UCACUCACACCAGCCCUAAGCCCAGACUCUGGACCCCCUCUCUCCUUCCCCUGGGGGUUCUGGGUGGGGAGGAGGUGGGGAGCUGUGAGUAAUCAGGGUCCGAUUUCCCAGGGCUGUGUCUGGUCCCCAAGACAAGGACACGGGCAGGUGAGUCCUUCCCCAAUCCUCUCCCUGCCCAGAGCAGAGAGCUGCCCCCAGGAGAGGGAGGGGGGAGAUCAGGGCUGGACUGACAUGGAUUAAAGGGAGGGGUCCAGGAUGGGGGAGGGGCUCACAGACGGGGGAUCCCCUGACACUGACAGCUCUCCUUCCCUUCCAGACACACCCCCCAGACCCUCCCUCAGGGCAGAGAAGGGCUCUUUGGUGCCCAUGGGGAGAAGUGUGACCCUCAGGUGCAGGGGGGAACAGGGGGCUGAUAAGUACCAUCUGGAGAAAAAGGAAGAAUAUGGAACAAACCCAAUCAUGGAGGUGAAAUCAGAUGAAAUUGAGGUCAAGUUUCCCAUCCCAUCAGUGACAUGGCAUAAUGCAGGGACCUACUACUGCUUAUACAAACGCUCAUCCCUCUGGUCACAGCGCAGUGACCCCCUGCACCUCGUGGUGACAGGCCUGUAUAAACCCCCCUCCCUCUCAGCCUUGCCCAGCCCCGAGGUGGCCUCAGGACACAAUGUGACCCUCCAGUGUCAGUCACAGCCAUGGUAUGACAUGUAUGCCCUGUACAAGGAUGGAGCAGAGAUCACCCAAGGCCAGGUCCAAGCCCUCGACAGUGGCUGCCAGGCUACCUACCACAUCUCUGCUGUGACCUCUGCCCAUGGAGGGACUUACCGAUGCUACACCUUUCACAGUAGCUCCCCCCAGGAGUGGUCAGUGCCCAGUGAGCCCCUGGUGCUCAGGGUCACAGGAAAGGGGUUUGAGGAGGCCAGAGGGGGAAGCCAGAGCAGGCCUGAGCCCCAGCUUCCUCGGGUCUCACAGCAGGUGUCCUGA